ACUUGUCGUUAACCAAUCAAAUCGUUAGAAUCUUUUACUAUAAAUCCAAGGCAGACCUAACGUUAACCCCCACUCCGCAAACGGUUCUUGUUUCUAUAGCUGAAGGUUCUUUAGAACACUUUGAAAAUAGAAUUGCAAAAUACAAUAAAAAAUUCGAAAUGGCUGCUCGUUCGGUUCUUAAAUAUUUGCAAUCAAAAACAGUGAUGUAUCAGAUACACCGUUGUGCCUCCCAAUCCGCAUUUGAAAUCCAACAUAAGACUCCUACAAUAAAAAAAACCAUGCCAAUACCAAAAGCUCAUUAUGGUGGACGACACACAGUUACUCUAUUACCUGGAGCUGGUAUUGGACCUGAGUUAAUGGGAUACGUGAAAGAGGUUUUUAGGUAUGCAGGUGUACCUGUAGACUUUGAAGAUAUAGAUAUCGAUCCUAAUGCUGAUAAUAACGAUGAUUUAGAUUAUGCAAUCACGUCAAUUCGUAGAAAUGGUGUAGCAUUAAAAGGGAAUAUAGAAACUCAUAGUACUGAAGCAGAUGUAAUUUCACGUAAUGUUGCCCUCCGCAAUGAGUUAGAUCUCUACGUAAAUGUUUUACAUUGUGUUUCUUAUCCGGGUGUUAAUUGUCGGCAAAAGAAUAUUGAUAUUGUUAUUGUCAGACAAAAUACAGAAGGGGAAUAUGCUAUGUUAGAGCAUGAAAGUGUAAAUGGAGUUGUUGAAAGUAUGAAGGUUAUAACAAGUUCUAAUUCUGAACGAGUAGCACGUUAUGCAUUCGAAUAUGCUAAACGAAAUGGAAGGAAGAAGAUUACUACAGUUCAUAAAGCUAACAUAAUGAAGCUCUCUGAUGGAUUGUUUUUAGAAAUAUCACGAGAUGUUGCUAAAGAUUAUCCAGACAUUGUUCAUAAUGACAUGAUCAUUGAUAACACUUGUAUGCAAUUGGUUUCUAACCCGCAUCAAUUUGAUGUUGUACUUACUACAAAUUUAUACGGGGCUAUUGUUUCCAAUGUAGUUUGUGGUCUAUUAGGUGGAGCAGGAUUAUUAGCUGGAAAAAAUUAUGGUGAUCAUUAUACAAUCUUUGAACCAGGUACUCGUAAUACUGGCACAAGUAUUGCUGGAAAAAAUAUUGCAAAUCCUAUUGCUAUGUUAAAUGCAGGAGUCGAUAUGUUGCGUCAUUUAGGACACAAAGAACAUGCUAUCCUGAUUCAAAAUGCAAUAAACAAAACUAUCAAUCAAGGAGUACAAACACGUGAUCUUGGUGGUCAAGCUACAAGUAGGGAAGUUGUUGAUACUAUCAUGAAACAUAUUAAAAUAGCAUCAGAUUAAGUAAUUCUAAAAAUCAUUGAAUACAUAUUACCUGUAGAUUCUUUGUAUAAAAUAUAAAAACAAAUAAGCUUCUAAAGCAUAAAAGUACUGUUUUAAUUCUAAUGACAUCUUCUAUGUCUGAACUGUUUUAUAUAAGUUGUAAUAUAAUGAAAUGAAUUAUCCAAAUACUAGAAAGGUAAUUCUGUUUAUAGAAUAUAAUACAAGGUCAAUGUCGUGAAUAAUUCGUAUAUUUCAUUAUUGUAUUAAAUUAUGCAACGUACCAUUAAGUAAUUUGGUUUACUUUAUAAUUAAAAUCAUGUAAAAUAAAUUUUGUAAAUAAUAUUGUUGAGUCUAUACAACAUGUAAAUGAUCAAUGAAAUAUUAAUAUUAUAUACACCAUA